CAAAAGUACCCCUAAAAUCCACAGGUUACUCUUCAGAAACUGUUUCAUCUCCUCUCCUCAGUUCUUACUAUUUUAUCUACGACGCGAGUUCUGAACAACACUAAAACCAACUUACAAAACCUGAGAUCGAAACAAUGAAAUGUUACAAAGGGUCAGCCAUUCUCGCUACCGAUUACUACCCUUUCCUCUACAAACGACCAGUCUUUUCUCCGUCCGCUUCGUUCCCAUCUACCACUAUCUCAUACCCGGCCCGAACCCGAUUCUUAUCCACCCGGAUCCAAGCCAGACUCACCCAAGACGAUCCAGUUAAACAAUCUGAGGAUUUAAGCUUCUAUGAUCUCCUCGGCGUCACCGAAUCCGUUACUCUCCUGGAAAUCAAACAAGCGUAUAAACAGCUUGCUCGUAAGUAUCAUCCCGAUGUUUCGCCUCCGGAUCAGGUCGGGGAAUACACAGAUCGGUUUAUUAGGGUUCAAGAAGCUUACGAGACUCUCUCCGAUCCUCGCCGGAGAGUUCUAUACGACCGAGAUUUAUCAAUGGGAUUCUCAUUUUCGUUCUCAGGUCGACGCAGGAAUCGAUACGAUGAGGAAGUUGUGGAAGAGAAGAGUGAGUGGAAGAAAAAAUGGCAAACUCAGCUCUCAGGGCUAAAGAAAAGAAGCCAUCAGAAAGAAAACAACUCAAUAUCUUGGGCUGCUAGAAUGCGCCGUCAACAGCACAUGUCUGAAGAUUCUUCUUCAUAACCCAAAACGCCAAAUCUAUUCGCCUCGUUAAUGUAUAGGUUAUAAAUUGUUGAUGUAAUAUAGAAAGCAUAGUAUAAUUAUCCACGAAUUUUAUAUAUGUAUAUACACUUUGCUGUACCUAUGUCAAUCGGCAGGUAUAUCAAAAACCCUAAUCACUAAAAUAAGUUUCUUUUGUUUGUGCU